AUGGCCGACUCGCAAGAGUUAGAGCCAUCUACUUCGACAGAGAAUCCUUCAAACGCUGAUCGCCAAAACAAACCAGCUGAUCGAAAAGCAUAUUUCGCAAAAAGAAAUGCAUCCAAAGUGUGUUUGAAUACCUCUAUUGAGCGGUGGAAACGGCUGAAAGAGGAAAAUGAUAUCAAGAGUGAUCAGGAGUUUGCGGAUAUUCUGCUAAACUUGUACGAGGUAUCAGGACAUCAUUCAUCGAUUCAAAUGCGGUAAGCAUGUAACUCUGGACUUUUUUAGUAUGCUCAUUUUGUUGCAUUUUCUGAUUACAAAACUUUAUGUUGCAUUUCUAGCGCUGUGGAAACCCAGACAAACGAUCCAGAUGAAACAAUGGAGUCAUUGUUUGGCUUUGACAUGGGCCUCAUUGCUACAAGUACCCCUCAGAAUUUCGGCAAUAAUCCUUCGCCACGUGAGUUUAUAACAUACUUAUUCAUGGACAUAUACAGAAAACAUUCAUUAGAUUUUGGUUGACGUUGUUAAUUUAUUAAUUUUAUAUUUUGCAUAGUUUUAUCUGUCCCUUCGAAUAUGUCAGCUGUAUCAAGUCGAAGACGCCUGAUACCCGAUAGUUCCCCGCUUGGCUCCCCGCCAAGAUUUGUAUGAUUUAUAAAAUGAUAUCUUUAAAUGGUGCAUUUCUCUAUGGUAUAUAUUCGUUGUUAUCUCGAUAAUGUCUUCAUAGGCAUACUCAUGAUGAAACACUGACAGCCAGUGAAGUUGACAGUGACAGUGACAGUGAGACCCUUACUGCUCAUGGUUUAUCUUCUGUCCAUGUAACGCAAGA